AUGCUCAAUGCUAGGGUUACACCCCGCGUUACAUGCACACACAAUGAAGACGUUGAUGAUGAAGAUGAUGCCGAAGAUAACAUUCGCCAGUUCGAUGCCGUGGCCCAUCGCAGUUUCUCUAUUAGCCCCAAAGAACUAUCCAACCUUGGCACAAUGAUUCCUUCUCAUUUAAGUACUGGUACAACCUUUCAAGUAUUGAGUGCAUGCGCGUGGAGAUGCUAUACUAUAGCAUCUAGAUCAAAUCCCAAGGCAAAGGCUUGCUUACAAUUUCCGGUAGCUCUAACAACUGUUGGUGAGCUUUGUCAAAACCCAUUGGGGUAUGCCCUAGAGUUGAUCAGGGAUGCCAAGGCUGUAGUAACUGAGGAAUACAUGAGAUCUUCGGCAGAUUUAAUGGUGAUCAAGCGCCAGCCUUAA